AUGCGCACGACCCGCAAGGUGUCCGUGUGGCCCGUGGGCCUCGUGGGCGGCCGGCGCUACGAGCGGCCCGUCGUGGAGAACGGCAAGGUGGUCGGCUGGUACACGGGCUGGAGGGCGGACCGGCCCUUCGCUGUCGACAUGGCGGGAUUUGCUGUGAGUCUCCAAGUGAUUCUGUCACACCCCAAAGCUGUAUUCAAGCGUCGCGGUUCUCAACCAGGAAUGCAGGAAUCUGAUUUCCUAAAACAGAUAACAACAGUGGAGGAACUGGAACCAAAAGCAAACAACUGCACAAAGGUUCUCGUAUGGCAUACACGAACAGAAAAAGUAAAUCUAGCUAAUGAGCCCAAAUACCACCUGGACACAGUGAACAUUGAGGUAUGA